AUGGGUUCCUCAAACAGACAGAACUUCAAUGUUACUGAGAAUUCAGAUAUACAACUCUGUUAUGAAACCAUCGCUGGCUCCUGUACAAGAGUAAUCAAACCAGUUAUCUUACGAAUUAUAUUGUAUUUUAUUAUGAUAAUAAUAAUACUGACAACAUUGUGUGGAAACUUUGUGGUCAUAAUUUCAAUUGCAUACUUCAGACAACUCCAUACCAACACAAAUUAUCUGAUUCUCUCAUUGGCAGUUUGUGAUUUUUUGUUGGGAGUGCUCAUCAUGCCUUAUACAAUGUUUUUUUAUAUUGAAGGUUGCUGGUAUCUGGGAAGUUUGUUUUACCGUUACUUUGCUGUGUGUAACCCUCUGAGUUACAAAACCAAAAUCACAUCUGAAGUCAUACUUAUGAUGAUCAUAAUCAGCUGGAUAGUGUCAGGAAUAUUUGGUUUUACGGUGGGUUUACUGAAGCUGAAUAUAAAAGGCACUGAGGAAUAUUAUUACAAAUAUAUUGACUGUGUAGGAGGAUGCAUUGUGUUUUUCAGUAAAUUCUUUGGACCUCUGUCCUCUUUGUUCUCAUAUUUCAUUCCUGCAUUUAUCAUGCUGGGAAUUUACUUUAAAAUAUAUUUAGUAGCCAGACAUCAGGCUAGGUCUAUCAAAGAUAUAACACAGCAAAUUCAAGAUGCUAGAGAGAACAAGAGUGAAAUUUCAAGUCAGCAGGAGAGAAAAGCUGCAAAAACCUUAGGCAUAUUUGUUGCUGGUUUCUAUGAUGAGCGCCUUUUUAGCUCUACUGCUACAUAA